CAUCACCUCUUCGCGCGUAAAAAGCGGACCACACGGACACCACUCUGGAUGCUGAACAGCGAGAGGGCACGGGCCUCUGGGUAGAAACAUGUCAUUGAAGCUGGUCUAGUUAAUUGGUGAACGCGAGGUGAGAAAUGCGGGCGGCGAGUUUGAACAGAGCCCGCCGCUGUGUUGAUCCUCUCCGUCAACAACAGUCCAGCUUCCAGUUCGUAUAAAGGCGCAGAUCUGAGGAACCACCGGGACUAUGUGAACACCAUGCUCGCGGUGAGAUGCCUGCUGCUCGCUGCAGUUUGUUCACCGACCUCUGUCACAGGUCUGAGAGAAUGGAUCAGCGCAGGGGACAGAUUGGGCCCCUCAGAGGAGAUAGUCCAACCCAAACGGCUUCUACAGCAAAUCCACACAAACGAAGAGCUACUCCACAGCAAAUUAGACACAUGGGUCAAGAACUACACCUCCACAGAGCUGCCUGUCCAUCUGGCUCAGAGCAGCUUUCUCAUCGAGGCGUUUGGCACAUCGUUUAUCCUUGACCUGGAGCUGAACCAUAACCUCCUUUCUACAACAUAUGUGGAGCGUCACUUUGAUGAGCAUGGACAGCCCUCUGAAAACAUGGGAGGAGAGCACUGCUAUUACCAUGGUCAAAUCAGAGGGGUCAAAGGGUCAUGGGCUGCUCUGUCCACCUGCCAUGGUCUACAGGGAAUGUUCAGCGAUGGGAACUUCUCAUAUGGGAUUGAGCCUGUCAGCAGUGGAGAGGACCACAUUGUGUGUCGUCUUCCAGAGAUCAGUCUCUUCCCACCUCCCUGUCCUGGAUGCACGGACAACUCUACAUUGGCACCAGAGGGAUCCAUGGAUUUCAGUGGAGACAUGACGACUCAGGAGGAGGAGAAGCCAGCCCUAACACACAGUCUUAGGAGGUUGAAAAGGCAGCUCAGUUCUUUGCCGGUGAGAAGAGGCCAGCGCACCGUGCAGACUGAGACCAAGUACAUAGAGCUGAUGGUGGUCAACGAUCAUGAAUUGUUUGUGCAGCUGAGGAGGUCGACCACUCACACCAAGAACUUUGCCAAAGCAGUGGUGAACAUGGCGGAUGCGAUCUACAAGGAGCAGCUGAACACACGCAUCGUCCUGGUCGCCAUGGAGACCUGGUCGUCUGAAAACAAGGUGGCAGUGGGCGACGAUCCUCUGGUAACGCUGAGGGACUUUAUGAAGUACAGGAGAGAGAGUAUUCGAGAGCGCUGUGACACCGUGCACCUCUUCUCUGGGAGGACGUUCAUGAGCAGCCGAAGUGAGGCAGCGUACAUUGGGGGGAUCUGCUCUCUGACCAGAGGAGGCGCCAUCAAUGAGUAUGGCAGUGUGGGUCCCAUGGCCAUCACACUGUGUCAAAGUUUGGGACAGAACAUUGGGAUGUACAGGAACAAGGAACGGGCUGCUGCAAGUGAUUGCAGGUGUCCAGACCCAUGGCUCGGCUGUAUCAUGGAGGAUACAGGUUACUAUUUGCCAAGGAAAUUUUCUCGCUGCAGUAUAGAUGAGUAUCUGCGUUUCCUACAAUUGGGAGGAGGCAGCUGUCUCUUCAACAAACCCAGCAAGCUGUUGGAUCCCCCUGAGUGUGGUAAUGGAUAUGUGGAGCCGGGCGAAGAGUGCGACUGUGGCUCAUUAUUAGAAUGUGCUCGAAGUGGAGCCAAUUGCUGUAAAAAGUGCACUCUUACCCAUAAUGCAAUGUGCAGCAACGGGCUGUGCUGUAGAGACUGUAAGUACGAGCUGCGAGGAGUGACGUGUCGAGAUGCUGUUAAUGACUGUGACAUCCCUGAGACUUGCACCGGAGACUCGAGUCAGUGUCCUCAUAAUGUACACAAACUGGAUGGGUACAUGUGUGAUGCAGGACAGGGGCGCUGUUAUGGAGGUCGCUGUAAAACCAGGGACGGACAAUGCCGGACUCUGUGGGGUUACAACUCUGCGGACCGAUUCUGUUAUGAAAAACUCAACUCUGAAGGAACAGAACAAGGGAACUGUGGCUACGACCCCAACGGACAGGGGUGGCUGCCUUGCAAUAAACCAGAUGUGCUGUGUGGUUUACUGCUGUGUACCAACAUGACAGUGAGGCCCAGGUUUGGAGAGCUACAAGGAAAGAUCACCAGUCUGACCAUCUACCACCAGAGCAGAUACCUGGACUGCAGGGGCGGUCAUGCUGUGCUGGAUGAUGGCUUAGACCUGGGAUACGUGGAGGAUGGGACGCCCUGUGGUCCAAACAUGAUGUGUUUGGAUCGUCGCUGUCUCCCAGUGACAACCUUUAACCUCAGCACCUGCCCUGGCUCUUCCCCCUCACGCAUCUGCUCACACCACGGGACUUGCAGUAAUGAGGUGAAGUGCAUCUGUGAUCCAGACUACACAGGGAAGGACUGCAGCGUGUUCGACCCCAUCCCCAUCCCCACACCCCCUGAGGGACCUGAGAAAUACAAAGGUCCCAGUGGCACUAAUAUCAUAAUUGGUUCGGUUGCUGGUGCAAUUCUGCUGGCAGCGAUAAUCCUGGGGGGCACUGGCUGGGGAUUUAAAAACAUCAGAAGAGGAAGGUAUGAAGCUGCUUAUUCGUUUUAAUCACCAACAUCAUAGUAAUGCCACAACAUUCAAUAGAUAUAUCUGGCUAUAU